UGGGUUUUGUCUUCCAAAAAUUUCCAAAUUCUUGCAAUAACUUCUGUCUCUCCUUCUCUAUCUUUUUGUUCGGUAUCCUCUCUUUCUUCUUCAUCAUAGAGGGUAGAACAGUCUUUUCAGUUACAGUAACAUUACAGUUUCCAAAUGGCGCCGUAGAAACAGAGAGAUCAGGGGACUUUGUUUUGGGUUUUAGCGGAAACCCAUUUGAGUUUCAGAGUUGAAACUCUUAUUCUUCUUCCGCAGAAACUCAACCUUUUAUCUGGGUUUUCCUUCAUUUGUCUUGAAACAUUCAAAGCCUGUAGCUUUUAUCUUGUUAUGUUCUUCUUGGUUACCCUCUUGAGAUUAUGAAAAUCAAUGAGUUGAAGAGUAAGUUUGUUUUUUAUUUUAAUCUAGAUUAAGUUAAAAUGAAGUAAUAGUGGAAGCAUUGACCGCUUUUUGAUUGAUUAAGAGAAAGAAAGUUAACUUUCAUGAAGGUUUUGUUUUGCAAAAUUCAUUGUCCUUCCUUCAUUUGCUUUUGCAAAUCCUCUUCUCAUAUAUACACACCAGGGCCACUGAAGUUGGAGAACAGUCCUCAUGUGCCUUCAACAACAACAAUUGUGUCAGCUUCUAGUGAUCAUCAAGAUGCGUAUGGUGAUGGUGAUGACGAAGCCAAAAAAGCCAAGGAUGUUGAUUGUGUUGUAGAGGGGAAGCAGCAGCAGCAACAAGAAGGAGAACAAGAACAGGAACAAAAAGAGGAAGAAGGUGGUGAGGAAUGUGUAAAAAGCAGUCUCAAGAAGGAGGAUUCGGAUUCGAAAAAAGUGCAGAAAAAGAGAGUUCAAUGGAUGGAUUUCUUGGGGAAAGAAUUGGUUCAGAUCAGGGAAUUUGAACCCUGCAGUGAAGUAGAAGAUAGCGACGAUGACAGUACAUGCCGUAAAGGCUGUGUUUGUACAAUUCUAUAACUCUGCCAUAUUAUUCAUCUGCAAAUUCUCAUAUUGACUAAAGCAUCAAGCACGGAGAGACAAACAGCUUCUGAUCUCAACCGCAUUCAGUUCAUCUUCUUCUCCCAGCAUUAUAAAGGAUCAGUAUGUGGAUAUAUGGCUUUGACUUUUCUGCCCCAUUAUCCCUCACAUGAGAAAUACUCUACAAGAAUUCAAUAUAACAGAUAGUUACGUUUACCUUCUAAGAGUGUCAAACUAUUGUUUAUUUUACAGAACAACAUUCUCUUCACUGGAUUAUGAAAAUUUAUACAAGUUUCAAGUUUUUUUCUGA